UGCCUCUAGUCGCUCUCGCCGUCGUCGACUACUCAGCCACUGUGCACUGAUCAAAGAUGCCGCACAACGCCGCCUACGGGAUCGUCGCCGUCCAGGCGCUCUUCUUCCUCCUCGGAGGCAUCCGCGACAACUUCAUGGAAGGCAAGACCGUCAUGCCAGACGAGGAGUACCUCCAGUCGUGGUGGCACGACACGAAGCUCGGCGACAGCGAGAACCAGUCGCCGCGCAUGACGGUGAUCUGCAAUGGCUGGGGCACCUUCAUCGGCACGAUCGCCCUCCUCAAGAUCGCCGUCGCGCUGACGGGCGGCACGACGACGCUCGCUAAGACGCUCGGCGCCGUCUUCGUCGUUACCAACCUGUGGCUGUGCAAGGUCUUCCUCCCGAUGAACGCGCUGAUGGAGGAGCACUGGACGAACAAGAAGAACAACCCGGCGAUGGUGAACAAGGGCGACGUCACGCCGUUCUGCGCGAUGCUCGUCAUCGAGUCGGUGUGCUGGCUCGUCUCGCAGGGCGGCCUCGUCGACUUCGGCAAGAUCAAGAUGGUCUGAGCCCUCUCCUCACGCCUGCGAGCGGCCCGCAGGUGCACCGCGUGGAGAGCGGAGUCCGGAGACGCGUUCACUUUUCUUUCCUUCCUCAUUUCUUGCUCAGCCU